AUGUCAAAUCUUCAAGCCUCGCAUCUUUUCUCCGUCCAGGACCGGGUCGUGGUCAUCACUGGCGGAGGCAGCGGUCUGGGCCGUAUCAUGGCCCGCGCCUUCGCCGCCAACAAUGCCUCGAAGAUCUUUAUCCUCGGUCGCCGGGAAGAUGCUCUCCGCGAGACAGCCGCUCAAGCAGCAGACGGAGUCAUCAUCCCGGUCAAAUGCGACAUCACAUCGAAGGAGUCCUUGGUGUCGGCAUACGGGACCGUUGCAGCACAGACAACCCACGUUGACAUCCUCUUCGCCAAUGGCGGUAUCCUGGGUCCGCUCAUGCGCUCGCCCCCUCCCAAGGCCGACGGCUCUCAGCCCUCUCUGUCCGAGCUCCGCGAACAUCUGUUCAAUAUCCCAAUGGAGGAGUUCACGCAGGUUUUAAACGUCAACGUAACCGGCUCCUACUACACCGCCCUAGCCUUUUUGCCUCUCCUCGAAGCUGCCAACAAGAGACGACCCGCGCCGCAGGUGGGUGUGCUUACCGCGCCCACCGCACAGAUCGUGAUCACCAGCUCUAUUGCGGGUUUCAACCGAAAAGUGCCGUUCAGCUAUGCAUACAAUGCAUCCAAGGCUGCUGCCACUCAUCUCGUCAAGAUGCUUGCUACUAACCUGACCUCGUAUAAUAUUCGCGUCAAUGGUAUUGCCCCGGGUCUGUAUGACUCGGAGAUGGCGAAUAAUGUCUUCACGGAGAAUGGUGCCCAGGGAGGUGGUAUUUCCGAGGGUUCGUUCCCGACCGAUAUGAUUCCUCUUACUCGCGGUGGUAGCGAGGAGGAUCUCGCUGGUUUGGUCCUUUGGCUGGCGAGCAACUCGGGCGGUUACGUGAACGGUACUAUGAUGGUUACUGAUGGUGGUCGGGUCAGUGCGAUUCCGGCUACUUAUUAA